AUGGAAGCGGAAAUUCAAGCUCGAAUUCCUAACAUCGAUCAUGUGUUAUCGGAGUACUCCGUGGGGUAUCUAAAUCAUGCAUCCAAACUCUAUGUAUCCGAAGAUGAUCCUUCUGCAGAGUCACCAUUAAGUGAAGCUCUCGAGACCGUAACUUCACUGCUUGUAUCUGCCUCAGGCAAUUUCUCUGAGCAAAAUGAAGCCGCAAUACGGAACUUGGUGGAACAAUUCGUUUCGAAAUUCAGUGAGGCCAAUGGCAUAGAUUCUGAGAGGCGGCAGAUGCCUUUUGCUGCCAAAAGAUUGGAGCAGACUAUCCAAGUCAGCUCUCAACGCAAUGUGUCAUCCACUCUGGGACUGACAGGUGCUGCCGUUGAUCUCGAAGCUGCUAAUGCCCGCAAGGUCGAAUCGAAAGUUGACAAGAAGAAGCUUGAAAAGGCCGAGCGGAAGAUUCGAGCCAAGCAGGACAAGAAAGUAAUGAAGAAUGUCGAAUAUGAGGCCUCCAGGUUGAUAGACCAGCCUGAUGCCGCACAGUCAUACGAAGAGUUCUUCAUGGCUGUCAAUCCUCUACAACUCGGUUCUGAUGCUCAAUCCAAGAGCAAAGAUAUCAAAGUAGAUAGCAUUGACGUGUCAAUCUCCGGCAAACGAAUUCUUACCGAUACAUCUCUCACUUUAGCGUACAGUCGCAGAUACGGUUUGGUUGGUCAGAACGGUAUCGGCAAAUCAACCUUGCUACGGGCUUUGAGUCGUCGUGAGGUGGCCAUUCCAACCCAUAUCUCAAUUCUUCACGUAGAGCAGGAGAUCACAGGAGAUGAUACUCCAGCUCUUCAGGCUGUUCUUGACGCAGAUGUCUGGCGUAAGCAUCUACUUGCAGAGCAAGAAAAGAUCACCCAACAACUAGCCGAGCUCGAGGCCGAACGUUCUACACUAGCGGACACAUCGAAGGAUGCCGGACGUCUUGACAAGGAAAAGGACGGGCUUGACAUCACCUUAGGAGACAUACAAGCCAAGCUCGGUGAAAUGGAAUCUGAUAAGGCAGAAUCUCGCGCGGCCAGUAUCCUGGCAGGUUUGGGAUUCUCGACGGAACGUCAACAAUAUGCCACCAAAACGUUCUCGGGUGGUUGGCGUAUGAGAUUGGCCCUAGCCAGAGCAUUGUUCUGCGAGCCAGAUCUGCUGUUGCUGGACGAACCUUCCAACAUGUUGGAUGUGCCAUCAAUCACCUUCUUGUCCAACUAUCUCCAGACGUAUCCCAGCACAGUACUAGUCGUCUCGCACGAUCGAGCAUUCCUCAACGAAGUGGCGACGGACAUCAUCCACCAACAUUCUGAACGCUUGGACUACUACAAGGGUGCCAAUUUCGACUCCUUCUACGCCACUAAAGAAGAACGAAGAAAGACGGCUAAACGCGAAUACGAAAACCAGAUGGCACAAAGAGCUCACCUGCAGGCAUUCAUCGACAAAUUCAGAUACAAUGCCGCAAAGUCCUCGGAGGCGCAGUCUCGUAUCAAAAAGCUGGAGAAGAUGCCAGUGCUUGAAGCUCCCGAGGCUGAAUAUCUAGUCCACUUCAAGUUUCCAGAUGUGGAGAAACUAUCUCCACCAAUCAUCCAAAUGUCCAAUGUAUCGUUCGGAUAUUCCCCAGAUAAGAUCCUGGUCCGAAGUGUUGAUCUCGAUGUCCAACUGGACUCUAGAAUCGGUAUUGUGGGACCCAACGGUGCGGGUAAGACUACGGUUCUCAAGCUCUUGAUCGGACAGCUGCAGCCUACAACCGGGCUGAUCUCGCAGAAUCCUCGUCUACGUAUCGGCUUCUUUGCUCAGCAUCAUGUGGACGCGCUUGAUAUGAACACAUCGGCCGUGGGGUUUAUGCAGAAGAACUACCCUGGUAGAACCGACGAGGAAUAUCGAAGACAUCUUGGUGCCUUUGGCAUUACUGGUAUGACUGGCUUGCAAAAGCUUGAGCUUCUAUCCGGAGGCCAGAAGUCCAGGGUUGCAUUUGCCUGCCUGUCAUUGACGAAUCCACACAUUCUGGUUCUUGACGAACCGUCAAAUCACCUUGAUAUCGAGGCUAUGGACGCGUUGUCAACUGCAUUGCAGCAAUUUCAGGGGGGUGUACUAAUGGUCAGUCACGAUGUUACGAUGCUGCAGAACGUUUGCACGAGCCUGUGGGUGUGUGAUAAGGGUACCGUAGAGAAAUUCCCUGGCGACGUGAAUGCGUACAAGAAGAAGAUUCUGGCCCAAGCAAAUGAGGCAGGCGUGGUCCAGGCUCACUGA